AUAGAAUAGCAUUAUGAAUUGAACUUGUCAUGUCAGUGAGAGGGACUUACGAUGCAUGUUUCUUCCUAAUGGUCUUUCAUCCUUGGCUGGUUGUUGGCUUCAACUCAUCCAUAGCUAGAUCAAUCUUCUCAGAUACCAAGUUCUUCAGUCACAGUUGAAGCUGCUUCUGAAGCCCAGUUCUGAUAAACAUGGCCAUAACGAAGAGACCUCAUGCUCUAAUGUUGGCCUUUCCUACUCAAGGCCAUAUUAAGCCCAUGAUACAGUUUGCCAAAAUUUUGUGUGCCCGAGGAUUCCACAUCACUUUUGUUAAUACUGAAAACAUGCAUGACAAAAUGUUGAAGUCUGGAUCGAUUCAGUCCAUGGGUGGGAUUAGUUUCGAAAGUAUUCCAGAUGGCCUUCCUCCGCAGCACGGUCGAACCAGCCACCAGAUUGACGAGCUCUGUAAAUCCCUCACAAAUAGUUGCUCCCCACAUUUCGAAAAGGUGAUAGAUAAGUUGAAUAACUCAGCAGAUGUCCCUCCCUUGAGCUGCAUUGUCUACAAUGGAGUUAUGAGUUGGGCUCAAAAAUCGGCCAAGAGAUUGGGAAUUCCUGGAGUAUCAUUCUGGACAGCCAGUACUUGCGGCUUCAAUAUUUACUUCUCAAUACCUCUUCUUGUGGAGAAGGGAUAUAUUCCUCUCAAAGAUAAAAGCUACCUCACGAAUGGAUAUCUGGAAGAAGAGAUCAGUUGCAUUCCUGGGAUGCCCACAUUGCGUAUGAAAGAUGUGCCAAGCUUCCUCUAUGACGCUACUAAUUACAUGCUUGAGUUUCUAGAAACCCAAUGCCAGUUAGCUCUUUCAGCAGAUUUCAUGGUGUUUAAUACAUUUGAUGAGCUAGAGGGCCCAAUAAUAGAAACACUUCGGCCAAGGAUUCCUGCGUACAGCAUAGGUCCUCUUUUACUUUCUGCAGCAGAAGAAACAGAUGGAUUAUCUGCAAGUAUAUUGACUGAAGAAACAAGCUGUGUCAAAUGGCUCGAUAGUCAAGACCCUCAUUCGGUUAUUUAUGUGUGCUUUGGAACCAUGGCAGUUAUCUCUGAAAGGGAGCUUGUAGAGUUUGCAUGGGGUCUAGAGGCCAGCAUGCAACCAUUUCUUUGGGCCAUUCGUGCAGAUCUUGUUAGUGGAACAUCUGCAGUGUUGCCUGUUGAGUUAAUGGAGAAAGUGAAGGGAAGAGGGUUUUUUGUAAGCUGGGCACCUCAGAUAGAAGUGCUCUCACAUCCUUCUGUGGGAGGUUUCUUAACUCACAAUGGAUGGAACUCCACAUUAGAAAGCAUUUGUGCAGGUGUACCCAUGAUUUGUUGGCCAUUCUAUGCAGAACAACAACUCAAUAGGACUUAUGUUAGCCAGAUUUGGAAAAUUGGGAUUUCAAUGAAUGAUUAUGUGACAAGAGGAGAGGUGGAAGAAAUGGUGAGGAAACUGAUGAAAGGGAAGGAAGGGGAAGAAAUGAGGAGGAGGAGUGCUGAGUUGAGAGAUUCUUCCAUUAAAGCUGUCAAGAAAGGAGGAUCUUCUUACAAUAAUUUGGAGAAGAUUUUAGAGGUGAUGGAGGGAAGAAACGAGUUAUGAUUGAUGUAAUUUAUCCUAGUUUGGUUGGACAUUCUAGUGAUUUCCAUUUUUAUGGGAAAUCAGGAAACUGUAACCAGUGAAUAAUUUGAUUGGACAUUCUUGUGAUUUCCAUUUUUAUGGCCAGUGAAUAAUUCUCUUUUUUCA